AUGGCCGCCGUGCCGCCCGACUCCUGGCAGCCGCCCACCGUCUCCUUGGAGACCACGAUGGGCGCCGUGGUGCUGGAGCUCUACUGGAAGCACGCGCCGCGGACGUGCCGCAACUUCGCCGAGCUGGCGCGCCGCGGCUACUACAAYGGCACCAAGUUCCACCGCGUCAUCAAGGACUUCAUGGUGCAGGGCGGCGACCCCACGGGCACCGGCCGAGGGGGAGCCUCCAUCUACGGGAAGCAGUUUGAGGACGAGCUGCACCCCGAGCUCAAGUUCACGGGCGCGGGGAUCCUGGCCAUGGCCAACGCGGGGCCGGACACCAACGGCAGCCAGUUCUUCAUCACGCUGGCGCCCACGCAGUGGCUGGACGGCAAACACACCAUCUUCGGGCGCGUGUGCCAGGGCAUCGGCAUCGUGAACCGCGUGGGCAUGGUGGAGACCAACGCGCAGGACCGGCCCGUGGACGACGUGAAGAUCAUGAAGGCUUUUCCCUCGGGCUAGGGGCACGGAGCCCUCGGAGCUGYGGCUGCCGAGGGGCUCGCGGCCCCUAUGCCGGGACUUGGUCCGAGCCCCGCRGGAGCCACUGGGGCCCUCGUG